UCCCCGGUAAAACGUCGGUAGAGGAAGUCAGCCAACGUCUAAAUGAUUUAGACGUCAAAUCAGCGUCAAAAAUGUCCCGUAGGACUUAGCUUCACGGCUAAUAACCCGCCGUUGGUUUUUGAUUUUCUUUUACUUUGGGUUUGUUUUGGUUACCUGGCUUUUGUCCUACAUGGAGUCCGAGAGUUUGCCAUGAAACUCCGGGUGCAGAAUGACAGGAAUUCCAGAGGAAAAGUGAAACUCAGAGAGUCCUGCACGGUAAUGCAGCCUUCCUCUGUUGACGGAGGGGUUCAGACAGGAAAUGGUUUAUCCCUAACUUUGCAACCUGAGCUGCUCACCAGGACUCCGGGCGCCUCUGCUGCCGCCACCGCCACUCCGGACAAGUCCGGCGGCGAAGUGCAUGUUUCCAUGACUGGAGGAGAGUCUGGUGGAGGCGCGUCGUCCAGGAGAUCUCGGGCCCACUCCCACAGCCACUCGCAUUCGCACAGACACGAUCAGGGUGCGCCUCGCUCCACCUCAGAACAUGAGCUUGAUGCUCCAGACUCCGAUCCGGACUCCGGAGAGCCCAGCAGCUCCCUGUCCGAUCUUCGCUGUCUCUUCCGCUGGAUUCAAAGGAGUCUUCCUUUCCUGGUUAUCCUGUGUGCUAAACUAGUCGUCCAGCAUGUUCUAGGGUUAGCAGUUGGGGUUGGCCUCUUUACAACCUUUUUAUAUGUCAACAAAAACAUUCAGAUUCAAGCAUUUCUUCAGGAUCGUCAUUCGAAGCUGCAGUGUGCGUGGCUGAUUGUCUUCUUGUCCUCCUCCACCCUCCUGCUUUACUACACCUUUCUCCCAGAGAAACUUUACCAAUGCCUCAUCCUCCUGAACCCAGCCAUCCACCCACUGGGUUUCUGGGAGGUUCUUUGGGCGGUCGGCAUCACCAACUUCAUAAUAAAGUUUAUUUUUAUGGGGAUUAAGUGCCUAAUCUUGCUGCUGCCCUCCUCAUUGGUGACCCACAGCACUCAGGCCAGGGGGCUGAUGCUGUCUGAGGAGCUGGGUCAAGUGCACCAGGCCGUGGCUCCGGUUCCUCUGUGGUUCCGCUACCUGGUCACCGUUCAAGAGACCGACGGUCCUGCUGGGCUCACACUGGGUAUCCUGCUCGCUCUGGUCUACCUCAUUUUGAAACUUUUAGGACUGUACAGCCAGUGGACGUCUGUAUUAAAAACUGUCAGGAUUUUCCUAGCGGGUGAGGGUACGGGGACUCCAGCAACCAGAAGUCAGUGUAGUGACGCUGGAAACGCCUGUCCCAUCUGUCAGGGAGAGUUCAGAAGUCCACAAGCUCUGCUCUGCCAGCACAUCUUCUGCGCCGAAUGCAUCACCCUGUGGUUUAACCGGGAGAAGAGCUGCCCCCUGUGCCGCACCGUCAUCACAGAGAAGGUCUACAAGUGGAGGGACGGCGCCACGUCUCCACACCUGCAGAUUUAUUGAAGCAUCAGAGCACAGGUGUCAUGUUACGGCAGGUACACUGUUUAAGUGAUUAGCUAAGGGCUGGGCCCUCUGAGGGCCAAACAGUAGGAUCCCUGAAGUUUGCACAAAAUAUUUGUUUGAUUUACUUUCACCUCCAAGUACUUUUUUUCCCCAACAUCUACUUUCUUUCAUGUUCUAGUUUAAUUAGUAUCACAAAGUUCACGUUUCUCACCAGAAGGGCAGUUGUUGUGCUGCCCUGGUUUUUUAGUUAUGAGUAUAAUGGAAUAGAAGUAUUUUCAAGAGAUUUUCGUGUUAUGCGCCUGAACAAGUUCUGUCCCAACCAGUGUUUAUGAUUUUUUUUUUCCUUUCUUGUGGGGGGUAAAUACUUUUACACAGAUGCAGGAGUUUUGUAACUUCCACAUUUUUCACCACUUAAAGAGAAAAUGGCGAAUUGUGAUCGACACUCCAAUUAUUUUUGUAUUCCGAUUUAGCUUUAAAGUUGUUUAUGUAAGAACCAAAGACCGGGAUCUAUUUUCUGUAUGCAGAUUUCACUUUUAUUCAUAAACUUUCUGAAUAAAGAAUUACAGUUUGGAUUACAGUCCGGGUGGAAUCAUCUCAGUGCUGAACCGAAGCCUCCAGCAUCAAAACACCUUCUGCUGUCCGGAGACAUCGCUGUCAUUUAGAAACAUCAUCAGUCCUUUAAGGUGUUUAUGUCCGUGUCAUUAUGUACAUACGAUUAUUCCUUAGUUGCCCUCUGUGAAUGGGGAACAUCAACAGGUAUAAAGUGUAAACCCCAA